CUUUCGAGUUGAUCUUGUCUUGAUUCGAUCGAUCAUGUUAAAAGUUGGGUGCCGUCCGUUGAACAUUUGUGUUUUUAUUAAAUAAGUUAUAAUAAUUGAAUCCCUACAAUAUUCUUAAGCGGUUAAAUAUACAAAAGUUGUAAUUUAUAAACCUCAUGCGUGUAGUUUCCCAGGUAGGAUAAUUGUAAAUAAAAUGAAAGUUUACUAUUUUUUAUUGUUGUAUGUGUGUUGUGUGAGAAGUAAUGGUGACAAAGAAUCGGAAGACGAUAGCAAAAGGAAAAGCAUAAUAGAGCAAUUGACGAAAACAAGGACGGUAAUCCUAGAGAAUUAUAACUUAGUAACGCGACAGAUUGCAACAGACGUUUAUAUGUUUAGAAGUUAUCGUACUGUUGCCGUACUACUUUAUCACAUCGUGAACGACGUUACCGAUGCCCGGUUUACUUUGCAGUCAGAAGAACUUCACUUAAACAAUAUUGGUUCCUGCAGUCCUCAAGAUGUGAUCGUGAAUAUAAAACAUGGAUCGUACCCUGCGGUCAAUCCUGAUGGGUACACAUUUCCCAAGCAUUUUGUCGACCCAGCGAGAAGAGAGCACAUACAUACUCUAGAAUUACUGUCUGAUGGUAAGAAUAGGACAUAUUCAAUACGUAACCCUAGACCGGGUAACUGGUAUGCACUGGUGUACAUCAAAUGGGAAGAUCCUAGGACACAGAAAGUUGAGCAGCAAGGCUUAGUCGCAGAUUGUCACACAAUUCUGUAUACAGAUUUACAAAUAAGAAGAGAAACGAAUAUAAGCCUUAUCGACUGCUAUUCCGGUAUUAUUAUAGACUAUAAUCGAAUACCAGCGUCGUACAAAUGUAUGUCCCUAGAUAAUUCAGAACCAAUAACAUUAAAUUUAACUAUAAAAAAUACUUCAACGAGAAACUCCGAAAUUCUCUUCAGAGUACAAUCUUUAUCAUUACCGACUGAGGACAAUUAUCUAAUAUCCUGCGCGUUUGAUCCAAGAUUUAACAAUGAACAGACAAUUACUUUUAACCCGUUUCCUAAUUCGUGGCAUUACGUGCAGCUAGAAAUUAUCUCGGGCAAUGCAACCAAAUACGCAGACUGCGAAUCAUAUUAUCUCCGUUCAGAUCUAGAUGAGAACACCAAUCAAACGACAUUAGACCUUAUGCGCGAUGAUAAAGGUAGAUUUUUCACUUUCGACUACGGUCUACCCACUACCGACCUUCAUGACCCCACCAGUCUAGUCAAUCUAACAUCGGGCGAUGUAAAAAGUUUGAGGUUUAAAGUAAAUCAGUUUUUGGACAUCGGUGGCAACUUCGCGAUAGAAGCAAGCCUGUUUAUGAAUUAUAAAUAUUAUAUGGGAUAUAAAAGGGAGUUGACUAAAAGUGGUUUACUUGAAUUUACCGAGAAGAACCAGUUUUUUAAGGUCGUUAUAUGUAUGGAUAUCGGUCACGCUAGUGUGCCAUUGGAGACUGGUCAUUGCAGAUUUAAUGACCAUGUUAAACCAGCCCUGUUCAUACUGAACAGCACCGAUUCGGAAUCAAUAUACGACAAAGUGAUCAUACCUUACCCGGACAGUGGUACUUGGUAUAUAACCUUCAGAUUGUUCUGCGAUGAAGUCGUCUGUCCUUGUCGCACAUCAGACAACGGGACUAAAUACUACGUUGAUCCUAACGCGACAGACAGGGACGAAGAUAUCGCGAGUUUAGUGAACAAUACAAGACAGGGAGAGAGCGUUUGCAAUACCACUGUUGUUCUGUCCUUGUCUUCUACCUCAUGUCUGAGCGGGAGAUGCAGUAACCAUGGUAACUGCGGCUUGAAUACUUUCGGCGGUUUGGUGAUGUCCUUCUGUUCCUGUUCAGCUGGAUAUGGAAGUUGGGACUGUUCUGACGAUUCUAGAAUGGACAGUCGUGUCUACAUGUUAAUCUCUGUUCUGCUACUCACGUUGAGCAAUCUUCUCUUCUUCUUCUCCAUGUAUGUUGCCAUCAUCCGCUAUUAUUAUUCUGAAGCAAUGAUGUACACCUUUACUAUGGUCUUCUCGACGUUCUACCACGCUUGUGACGCUCCAGCUCAAGUCGCAUACUGCAUCAUUAGAGGUAGUAUACUACAAUUUGGCGAUUUCUAUUGCGGUCUUAUGUCUUUCUGGGUGACUUUACUAGCUAUGAGCAUUGUGAACGAAAGGCUUAGGUCUUCUCUACAAUUGACAGGUGCGAUAGUGAUAGCACUAUUGACUACAUGGAAUAUGCAUUCGUUUGUCUCUUUCUUACUCCCAGUUGCGAUCGGUAUCACCAUACUUCUGAUAUCCUGGUACUUGGAUUACAGAAGAACGCGCAGUCUAAGAUAUCCUCGUUCGUAUUACACUACUUAUUUACCUUUCGGUGUGUUUUUUGUGUCCGUAGGUCUAAUAUGUUAUGCGUUUUUACAAACUGAACAAAAUUAUAAAAUUGUACAUUCCUUUUGGCAUAUGAUAAUCGCUGUCAGUGUUGUUUUUCUGUUACCGGAUGUGAAACGGAACGGCGUCAAUCCGUUCCUGCCGGGUUCGGAUUAUUUUAAGUCGCCAUUUUGGAAUGUUUUUCAAAGAUCGCAAAAUCCUAUUGCAGCUGAUUGAGUAAAGUAACAAUUUUAAAUUUAAAUUGGCAAAUAACAUAGUAGUGUUGCUGAAUUAUAACUUAAUUAUUUAAUUGACGUUUACUACGGACAACAGAAUGAUCACUGUCAACCUGUCAAUUCUACAUCGAACUUUUUAAUUAUAUAGUGUUGCCAUUUUAUUGAAUUUUCCAAAGAUUAAACAUGUAUUAACUGUGAUUCGUUAAUGUUAGAAUGACCUUAUCGGUGUGGUAAAUUGAACUCUCUUUGAAAAUAACAGAAUUGUAUUUCGUAUAAUCGUUACUUUAAACGGUGCAAUUUUUCCAUUAAUUUAGUUGAUAAGUAACAAUUAUGAAACUAGUCAUUUAGACGAACAAGUACAGAAUAUUUUGCUUUACUAUUACAUAUACACGUUAUAUUAGUAGUUCGAUUUUGUAAACUUUUGAGGUUAUGAUACGUGAUGACGUCACGUUCUUGUACGGUAGACAAACAGUUUGCAUUAUUUUUAUUUGACUAAACUAACCAAUAUAUUAAAUCUUUGUUACUCAUUGUAAAUAUAUUGUUUAUAGAAAAAAAGUGCGAGGAGAAAUUAUUUCUUCCAGCAUUGAGUAUUUCCACAACUACAAACGGUUCAAAUACAUCAAUGUACAUAAAUAAUUGUUGUGAAAUGUUUUAUCUGUACUGUAUAUAAUCUGUGGUUAGUAUUUGUCAUGUUGAGCCUCCGUUUUUGUUGUCCAAUUAAAAUGUUUAUUAACAAUAAGACAAAUUGUGUGUUCACAAUAGUUUAAUAUUUUUGUUUUUCUUAACUAUUUAUCUAAUUUAAAUACUAAUACGAAAGUCCGAACCGAACAACAGACAUUUCGGUUACAUUGUUUUGUUUCAUAUAACAAAAAAGUACCUAGAAUAUAAAAUAUAAAUAUAUAAAGGAAAUUCUAAACACAAAAAAUGUACAGCUAUUUUAACAUAUGUACAAAAGGACAAUACACAUAAAUAUAUUUCUUACGAGUGUUGCAAGACUAGAAAAUAAUAAACCAUAGACGGUAGUUAUAUUUUUUCCUACUUUAAAAUCUAUGACACCAAUAUUUCUAUUAGUUAACAUUCCCUUUUUGUUAUAAUAAUGUAAAAAGAAUCACAAAAAAUCAAAACUUUGAUUUAGGGCUAUUGUAGACAAAUGGCAAAUUAUUAACAGUUUACCUGUCGCUAGUAUAUACAAGCCCUAAGUGUCCAUUACAUUACUCUGUGCCUUAUACAAUCCACUCAAAGUUCAAUAGUUUCGUGCCAUAUAACAGUGUUUAUAGUACAUGACAUUUGGCAGCAAGAAUAAUUACCUUUGCCUUAUUGAAGAUAUCCAUGUAGCUAAACCCUCGCCAUAUUGCGGAAACGGAAUUCAUUUCUUACAGCCUUACAAAUAAGUUAAACUUUGUACUAAUAUUUGCUUGUACUCAGUUUUUUUCCUGAGUUUAACUUUUUUCGUGUUUAUUUGUAAGGCUAUUAGAGUAUAUAAGAAAAUUAAGAAGCCAAUUGAAAUGCUCCCUGUCUAGGAGUUUUGUGUUUUGGUUAGGCUAUUAAAACCUUCCCUGUCAAAAUACUCAUAAUUUAAGAGCAGUAAAAAGAUAAAUCUUCAAAAAGGCAAAGUGAUUGGCACCGCUUUUAGGUUAUAAGGCAAUAUAUUUUUAAGUCAUUUAUUAGGCACUUUUAUAAUUUGUAGUUAAAAAUAUUUAAUCUUUAUUUUUAGA